GUACCAUCCACGCAGCAUGGGCAGGAUUUUCAGUGCUACGUAGUGAUUCGAUCUGAGAAUGUGAUUUUUGACAAUAUUUCGGAAACUGUGAUUGGUGAGUGAUAAGUGAGUAUGUCAAAGACUGGCUGGUGAUAAGAGGCUCGAUAACGUCGUUUGGAACAGGAUGCCCCGUCUGGCCGUUCUGUCGCAAUAUAGCAGGAGCGAGACUCCGUCCUGCAGCCCCGCCAGCAGCCCGGUGGCCGGAGUCUCCUCCCGGAGCGCCAGCCCCAUCUCGCCCCGCCACAGCGCCUUCUCUCUAGUCUACCCCAAGGAGCUCCACCGGAACAGGAACUACCUGGUCACCGGUGCGGAAAACGCCCCUUCCGGGACGCACAGUGACUGGAGUUCUGUUGCAGGAAUGAGCGCCCUGAUGUACGCCAAUUCGCUCAUGCCGGCGCCCUACAACCCCUACGUCUGGCACCCGAUCCCCGGACUUUUCCUCCCGUACAACAAGGUCGACUCGCUGAGUCCGGAGAGUGCAGCCUCGGCCGAGGCCUACACCCCGGAAACGGCCAAAAGUGAUGAGGAGGCGCCCCUCAACCUGUCCCUCAAGGGCCGGUCGCGCAGCCACAGCAUCUGGUCCCCCGGCAGCCUCUGCGAGCAAGAGAUGAAGCUGGAGAAGGCCGACUCGUCGAAAAGCUGGCGCUGGGAGUCGGACAAAGACACCCAUCAGAGCAAAGUCCCGACCAUCGGUCCGGGCGGCGAGAAGCAGUUCGUGUGCCAACAGUGCGGAAAGUCCUUCAAGCGCUCGUCGACGCUCACCACGCACCUCCUCAUCCACUCGGACACUCGGCCCUACCCCUGUCAAUACUGCGGCAAGCGCUUCCAUCAGAAAUCCGACAUGAAAAAGCACACCUACAUUCACACAGGGGAGAAGCCGCACAAGUGCGUGGUGUGCUCCAAGGCCUUCAGCCAAUCGUCCAACCUGAUCACACACAUGCGUAAGCACACGGGCUACAAGCCGUUUUCCUGCGGCCUCUGCGACAAGGCCUUCCAGCGCAAGGUGGACCUGCGUCGGCACCGGGAGUCGCAGCAUCCCUCCGUGCCAGAGUCUGUGAUCUUCAAAGUUGAAGAGAGCGUCAGCAGCAGCAGUUAGUGCCAUGAGAGUGACUUGGGACCAGUCUAGUCCGACUAAAGCCAGUCGUUACCGCCCACAAAGUGCAAAUUUCGAAAUUUGGCGAAAUUUUGUAAAUUCUGUGAUUGAGGUUUCUUUGUAAAUUCCCGAUUUGUAAAAAUUCUUGCACGGAUGUUUCAUAUUUGCACUGGAUUUUUUCCAUUCCGAGUUUUACUAGCGGGUUUCCAGACGCGCGAAGGCUGGUAGUAAAACUUCAUACAGCUUUCAAGACCAAAGAGAGAUGUAAGUAGUUGUACGGAUAGGUUUAAGGACUUUUUCUUCUUUUGUACAUAGUAAGUUUGUAAGAGAGUAAGGGGUGCCUUGACUUGUUAGAAACAUUAAAUGUUAAAAUUUGUAUUAAGGGUGAAAUGUAUUUAAUUUUUUAAACAAUUGUGUAUGCAUUGGAUUUUAAAU